UGUCACCACCCAAGCUGAAAGAGUCUGGGGAGAUUGGCGUUGCCAUCUGGUGCUCCUCUCUCUUAGUGGCCAUCAUGUCUUUGACAUCUGCUUACCAGCAUAAAUUGGCAGAGAAGCUCACUAUCCUGAAUGAUCGAGGUCAGGGGGUUCUCAUCCGCAUGUAUAACAUCAAGAAGACUUGUUCAGACCCCAAAUCCAAGCCACCUUUCUUACUGGAAAAGUCCAUGGAAUCAUCUGUCAAGUAUAUCAACAAGAAAUUUCCCAACAUAGAUGUCCGAAGCAGCACGCAACAUUUAGGACCAGUACAUCGUGAAAAAGCCGAGAUAAUUAGAUUCCUCACCAAUUACUACCAGUCAUUUGUGGAUGUCAUGGAAUUUCGGGAUCACGUAUAUGAACUUCUCAACACCAUUGAUGCCUGCCAAUGCCAUUUCGAUAUCAAUCUCAACUUUGAUUUCACUCGGAGUUACCUGGACUUGAUUGUGACUUACACCUCAGUCAUUUUACUUCUGUCACGGAUUGAGGAUCGACGGAUACUCAUUGGCAUGUACAAUUGUGCCCAUGAGAUGCUGCAUGGGCAUGGUGACCCCAGUUUUGCCCGUCUGGGUCAGAUGGUCUUGGAGUAUGACCACCCUCUGAAGAAGCUGACAGAAGAGUUUGGGCCUCACACAAAGGCUGUGAGUGGAGCCCUCCUCUCUUUGCACUUCCUCUUUGUCCGAAGGAACCAGGGGGCUGAGCAGUGGCGCAGUGCCCAACUUCUAAGCCUCAUCAGCACGCCCCCAGCCAUGAUUAACCCUGCUAAUUCAGAUACAAUGGCCUGUGAGUAUCUGUCUGUGGAAGUAAUGGAGCGCUGGAUUAUCAUUGGGUUUCUUCUUUGUCAUGGGUGCCUCAACUCCAAUAGCCAGUGCCAGAAGCUGUGGAAGCUGUGUCUGCAGGGCUCCCUGUACAUCACCCUCAUCCGCGAGGAUGUGCUGCAGGUGCACAAAGUCACAGAGGACCUGUUUAGCAGUUUGAAAGGGUAUGGCAAGCGAGUGGCAGACAUAAAGGAGAGCAAGGAACAUGUAAUUGCAAACAGUGGCCAGUUUCACUGUCAACGGCGGCAGUUUCUGCGGAUGGCAGUGAAGGAGCUGGAGAGUGUGUUGGCUGAUGAACCAGGACUACUGGGUCCCAAGGCUCUUUUUGCUUUCAUGGCCCUGUCCUUCAUUCGUGAUGAGGUCACCUGGCUGGUUCGCCACACAGAGAAUGUCACCAAGACAAAGACACCUGAGGACUACGCUGACUCGAGCAUUGCAGAGCUACUUUUCUUGUUGGAGGAGAUCAGGUCUCUGGUCCGAAGACACAUCAAAGUGAUACAGCAAUACCACCUUCAGUACCUGGCAAGAUUUGAUGCUCUUGUGCUCAGUGACAUCAUUCAGAACUUGUCUGUGUGUCCAGAGGAGGAGUCCAUCAUCAUGUCCUCGUUCGUCAGUACCCUCUCCUCGCUGAAUCUCAAACAAGUUGAUAAUGGAGAGAAGUUUGAAUUCUCAGGAUUGAGGCUGGACUGGUUCCGCCUACAGGCGUACACUAGCGUGGCUAAGGCCCCCCUGCACCUGCAUGAGAACCCUGACUUAGCCAAGGUGAUGAACCUCGUUGUCUUUCACUCCCGAAUGCUGGACUCAGUAGAAAAACUGCUGGUGGAGACUUCUGAUCUGUCUACUUUCUGCUUUCAUCUCCGUAUCUUUGAGAAGAUGUUUGCUGUGACCUUGGAGGAACCUACCAUGUUGCGUUACGCCAUUGCUUUCCCCCUGAUUUGUGCUCACUUUGUCCACUGCACCCAUGAGAUGUGCCCAGAGGAGUACACCCACCUGAAGAACCACGGUCUUCACCACUGCAACUCCUUCCUGGAAGAGUUGGCCAAGCAGACCAGCAACUGCGUCCUGGAGAUCUGUGCUGAGCAGCGAAACCUAAGCGAGCAGCUUCUACCUAAGCACUGUGCCACAACAAUUAGCAAGGCCAAGAACAAGAAAACUAUGAAGCAGAGGCAGACUCCCAGAAAAGGAGAGCCUGAGAGGGACAAGCCAGGAGCGGAGAGUCACCGGAAGAACCGUAGCAUUGUCACCAACAUGGACAAGCUACACCUAAACUUGACAGAAUUGGCACUGACAAUGAAUCACGUAUUCAGUUUCUCUGUGUUUGGACAUACCAUCUUCCCUUCUGAGUACCUCAGCAGCCACCUGGAGGCUAGACUCAACAGAGCCAUUGUGUGGCUGGCUGGCUACAAUGCCACCACCCAGGAGAUUGUACGCCCUUCUGAGCUGUUGGCAGGAGUGAAAGCAUACAUUGGUUUCAUACAGUCACUGGCCCAGUUUUUGGGCGCAGAUGCUUCCAGAGUCAUCCGCAACGCCCUUCUGCAGCAGACACAACCGCUGGAUUCCUGUGGGGAACAGACGAUCACCACUCUCUACACAAACUGGUACCUGGAAAGUCUGCUCAGACAGGCAAGCAGUGGGACCAUCGUCCUCUCCCCCGCCAUGCAGGCCUUCUUCAGCCUGCCCAGAGAAGGGGAGCAGAACUUCAGUGCAGAGGAGUUCUCUGACAUUCUCUGGUGAGCCCAGGAGAUGCGGGCCUUGGCCGAACUCCUGGGCCCCUACGGCAUGAAAUUCCUGAGUGAAAACCUGAUGUGGCACGUGACCUCUCAGAUCGUGGAGCUGAAGAAACUGGUGGUGGAAAACAUGGACAUACUCGUUCAGAUCAGAUCCAACUUUAGCAAGCCAGAGUUGAUGGCUUCUCUGCUGCCCCAGCUGACAGGGGCUGAAAAUGUGCUAAAGCGCAUGACCAUCAUUGGGGUUAUUCUCAGUUUUAGGGCCAUGGCCCAAGAGGGACUUCGGGAGGUUUUCUCCUCCCACUGCCCGUUUCUUAUGGGUCCCAUUGAGUGCUUGAAGGAAUUUGUCACUCCAGACACAGACAUCAAGGUGACCCUGAGUAUCUUUGAGCUGGCAUCUGCUGCAGGGGUGGGCUGUGACAUUGACCCAGCCUUGGUGGCUGCCAUUGCUAAUCUGAAAGCUGAUACUUCAUCUCCUGAGGAAGAAUAUAAAGUGGCCUGCCUGCUCUUGAUCUUUCUGGCGGUUUCCCUCCCACUCCUUGCCACUGAUCCUUCUUCCUUUUAUAGUAUUGAGAAGGAUGGUUACAACAACAAUAUUCAUUGCUUGACCAAAGCCGUCAUCCAGGUGUCUGCUGCCCUCUUCACGCUCUACAACAAGAACAUUGAAACUCACCUCAAGGAAUUUCUGGUGGUGGCCUCUGUCAGCCUCUUGCAGCUGGGCCAGGAGACGGACAAGCUUAAAACCAGAAAUCGAGAAUCCAUUUCUCUGCUCAUGCGCUUGGUGGUGGAGGAGUCAUCUUUUCUUACCCUGGACAUGCUGGAGUCCUGCUUCCCUUAUGUCCUGCUUCGAAAUGCCUAUCGGGAGGUGUCCCGGGCCUUCCACCUAAACCGAGUGCCUGCCAGUACCCACUGAAGAGCCCUUGGGACCUUCCUCAUCCCUUGCCAUAGUGGAAACUGUGGUCACUUUCUCAAGGGGUGGGGUCACUAAGGAGAGGGUCAGGAGCCAGAGCUGAUGAACAGAUCUGUGGAAGAAUAAUCCAGGGCUAAGAAAUCAUAGAGCAGUGAGGCAGGCCAGAGGCAUGGAGGAUAGUUUAUGGAAGAAGUUAGGGUCUGGGGCCACAUGUGUGAAUUUUGCAAUGAAAAAGGAGUAAUGUACAAGUAUGUUUUCUAUCUUCUGGUGACUUGAGCUUGAGCUCCGACAGGCAUGGGCCUCUCCGACCUUCAUCACUAUUCUUAGGUUAAUGCUGGCGGGCAGAGAUGAUCAAUCAUCAUAUUAAACCAUAAUGAGCUUAUAAUCCUCCCACUGGA